AUGAGGGCUGAAAGGAAAAAGAAAGAAUCUGAGAUGUUUAAAGAGGUUUAUGAUAUCUUCAAAAAAGUGGUGAUCAAUAUUCCAUUAGUUGAUCUAGUUGCACAAGUGCCUAAGUAUGCGAAGUUUUUGAAGGAUUUGUGUACCACCAAGAGAAUAUUUAAGCAUGACGGUGUGGAUCUUAAGCCUACAAAUCUAAUUGCUUCCCUUGCUGACAAACGCUGUGUAGUUCCAGAAGGAGUCUUGGAGGAUGUCUUAGUGAAGGUAAAAGAUCUCAUAUUUCCUGUAGACUUCUAUGUUCUUGAUAUGGAUGAUGCUAGAUUUAGGCAAAAGGGACAUUCAUCUUUGAUUUUGGGUAGGCUAUUUCUUAAGACUGCCAAGGAUGUGAUAGAUGUGCAUGCUGAUUUUAGAGAUAGUAUGAUAAGUAGAUCAUGUGAUAUUGUUGACUUAGAUGAUUCUAUCUCCUGUUCAUGUUCUGGAAUUGGUAGUUGUGAUACUUUUACUGGUAUAGAUAUUGCUGAUAUUGAUGUUUUCACUAAUUUCAUUGAGAUUUUACUUAGUGUGAUUGAUGCUAUAGAUGCAACGAAUUCAUCUUCAUUACUUGAUUAUGAGCUAUUAGCUUACAUUGAUCAUGUUCCUAAUAUAGAGGUCUUUGAUUUUGACCCUGAUGUUACUUCUGACAUGAGUGCCACUGAUAGCACUUCUUUUGUGAAUUGUGGUGUAUUACCUAAUUCUUUUGCUAUUACUGUUCCUACUAAUGAUCCCCAAGUUAGGAAAGUCUACUCUUCUGCUUGUGAGUCUUCAGUGCAGGUUUCUAGUUUGACUAACAUUGAUUUAAAACCCCUCAUACCUUCAACUGAGGAAGCUCCCUCUUUAGAGCUAAAGCCACUUCCUGAUUCGUUGAAAUAUGCCUAUUUGGGGAAAGAUGAGACAUUGCCAGUGAUUGUAGCUAACGACAUAGCUAUUGAUAAAGAAAUUCACCUCCUAGAGGUGCUAAAGGAUGAGAGCUAUUAG